AUGAACUGUGGGAGACACACCUGCGGUGAGCAUUGCUGCCCCGGUGAGCGCAAGGCAAUUGAACGACAAGCGACGAAGCGAAAGCUAAAAUCUCUCAAUGUUGCCAAUCGCCCUAAUGACCACGACAUCGAAGCGGAGCAUAUCUGCACACGAGUGUGUGGGAGGUUGCUCAAAUGUUCAAAACAUAUGUGCCAGGAACUCUGCCAUAAGGGAAGCUGUGGUACGUGUCGAGAAGCUAUAUUCGAGGAAAUACCCUGCAACUGUGGCCGAUCAGUGCUCUACCCGCCGUUACCAUGCGGCACACAGCCUCCACUCUGCCAUUACGAUUGCGCGAGGCCGAAAUCAUGUGGACAUCCACAAACAUCGCACAAUUGUCACACUGAUGACGAAAGCUGUCCCAAAUGCCCGUUUCUAACGGAAAAGCGCUGCCUGUGUGCAAAAAAGACGUUGAAGAAUCAACCCUGUUGGCUGGCAGAUCCGCGAUGCGGCCUUGUGUGCAACAAGGAGCUCAAAUGCGGUUCCCACACAUGCAAAAACCUCUGUCAUCGGCCGGGAGAGUGCGAAGACUUGACCCAACCUUGCCAGCAGCCUUGUGGCAAGAUCAAGAAACUCUGCUCGCACCCGUGUUCUGAUCCCUGCCAUGCUCCAUUUCCCUGCCAGGAGAAAACCCCGUGCCAAUCCCUCAUCACAAUAACAUGCCCCUGCGGCCGUUUAAAACAAGAAAAGCGCUGCAACGCUUCCCGAGACAACAGAAACCGUCACCAACAAACUCAAAGUCAAGCCCCCAGUCCCUUAAAAUGCGACGACGAAUGCGCGCGUCUCCAACGCAACCGUUCCCUCGCGUCCGCCUUAAACAUCUCCAUCGACCCGCUCACAACCUCGGCAACAACUGACGGAGACUCCUUGGCAACAGCCACCCUCCCCUACUCCCCUGAAACCCUCGACCUGUACCUCACGCUCUCCACAACCUCCACCCUCUCCACCUUGCAAACCUACGAAACAACCUUCUACACCCUCGCCACAAGCCAAACGCAGCGCAGUGCCCGCUUCCCGCCCGCCCGCUCACAACUCCGCGCCUUCAUCCAUUCUCUAGCCGCAGACUGGGGCUUCAUAUCCGAAUCCUACGACCCAGAACCACACCGGCACGUCGCUGUCUUCAAGGGCGCGCACUGGGUGCCGCCGCGUGGCCUUAGCGCUGAGGUUGCAGGCGGGGCAGUGGCGCAGGUUGGGAUCGGGAUUGGCGGGCUGAGUGUUGGCGAAUGCGUGAAGAUGCGCGAAAGGGAAAGGACGCGUUCGAGGGAGGCGAGGAAGGCGGCUGCGGCUGCAGAAAGGAGUCGGGGGGUCCUUGACGGUGGUGGGGAUGGGGAUUCUGCCGCGGUUGGCGCGGGCUCAGGCGAUGGUUGGGCGCAAGUUGCGUCGAGGAAACGGCCGACGGCAGCGCCGCCAGAGUCUGCGUUUGUGUUUGGAGAGGUUGGGGGUGGCGACAAGGGGCGGACGUUGGUGUUGAGGAGUGGGGUUGGGCUUGGAGGGAAGGUGAAGGGGAAAGCAGGUGUGGCUGGUUCUGGCAGUGAAAGUAGGAGUGAGGGUGGUUGGAAGCCGUUUCCUGCAGGGUUUGCGGAGGAUGUUGUUGACGAUUGGGAAGAGGAGGUUGAGAAGGAGGAGAAGGACCAACUCGGUGUAUCCGAGAAUGGUGCCGUUGGAGGUUGAGGAUGCGGGAUCGAAUGAAAAUUGGGAUUGUAAAUUGAGGGUGCGAGUGGAAGUGUGAACGAGGACUGACCGGUGAUGGGUGUUGGCACAAUGAAUGUUGGAAACAGGGAGCUGAUUCGAUUGAUUAGGCAGGAGAAAGCGUCUCUCCUAGACCUUCUUAUCAAUCCAUCCCCUGUUAGCACCUCUGUGCUAAUACAUACCGAGUUUGUGCAUCGUGCUAGACGAUAAUGCGAUACGCUUACACUUGCACCGUACAUCUUGAGAAGCUAUCACUCUCACACACACAUGUAUGUAUACGCAGUAUAUAUAUAAGCGAAAAAACUACUUGUGGAAUACAUAGUAUACAUGAAC